AUGGAGAACGAAGAACUUAACAACAACAACCAACUCCCGCCACAUCAAGUAGAAGAACAUGAAGUGGCACCACGACGUGAUAGAAUACUAAGAGAUUAUAUAAGGCCAGAUCAUUUUGAAGGAGAAUCAAGUGUAAGGAGACCACUAAUUGCAGCAAAUAACUUUGAAAUUCGCACAAGCUUGAUUCAAACUAUUCAUCAGUCGUGCCAAUUUACUGGUGAUGCGAGUGAAGAUCCUCACACCCAUCUAAUUGAUUUUCUUGAAUUAGUUGAAACUUGCAGAAAUGUUAUUGAUGCAGAAUCAGGAGGAUCCAUAAUGAGCAAAACUACUGCAGAAGCCAUGCAAUUGCUCAAUGAAAUUUCAGAAAAUGUUGUUCAAUGGUCCUCUGAUAGAAUGAUUGUUAAGAAAGCAACAAGAGUCAAUCAGGUUGAAGCUUGGAAUUCAUUAGCGCAACAAAUUGCAACUCUAACACAAGAGGCAUUUCAGGUACAGGGACCACCUGGUUUUCAAAAUCAAAACAGAGGGCAACAAGAUUUUCAGAAAUAUCAACAACCACCCCAAAAAGCUCAUCAGCAAAGCCUCGAAGACAUGAUGUACAAAUUCAUUAAGGCUACUGAUGAGAAGGUUGAAAGUCAAAGUUCAGCCAUCAAUAAUUUAGAAAUUCAGAUGAGCCAAUUAGCAACCCUCAUGUCUGAACAAAUAAAAAGUGCUCUACCAAGCAACACCGAAAAAAAUCCAAAGGAACACCUCAAAGCCAUCUCUCUACGGUCAGGUAAAACUCUUGAUGAUCCAUAUGCAGAUAGACAAGGAAAACCACACGAAGUGGAACAGGUAAAUGAAGGUGAGAAUAAAAGAGACUCUGAACUUCUAGAAGAACAAAAAGAAAAAGAAAAAAAGGUACAAGAAAAUGAAGUGAAGACAAAUCCUCAGUCUGUACCCCUCCCGUUUCCCCAAAAAAUGAAAAGAAAAAAUCUUGACAAACAAUUUUCAAAGUUUCUAGAUAUUUUAAAGCAACUUUAUAUUAACAUACCUUUCACAGAAGCUUUGACACAAAUGCCAUCAUAUGCUAAAUUUCUCAAAGAAAUUUUGUCAAGUAAAAGAAAAUUGGAAGAAGUUUCAGUUGUUAAGCUUACAGAGAAAUGUAGUGCUAUACUUCAAAAUAAACUUCCACAGAAGCUUGGCGAUCCAGAGAGUUUUACAAUUUCUUGUACUGUGAGAGGUGCUCACUUUGAAAAAGCAUUAUGUGAUUCGGGUGCUUCAAUAAAACUAAUGCCUUUCUCAAUUUUCAGAAAAUUAGAACUUGGUGAAAUGAAAGAUACUUGUGUGUCUCUUCAGUUAGCUGAUCAAAGUACUAAAAGGCCCAAAGGAAUAAUUGAAAAUGUUCUCGUUAGAGUAGAUAAAUUUGUAUUCCCAGUAGAUUUUAUUGUACUUGAAAUGGAAGAAAAUACUGAGGUACCAUUAAUUUUAGGUAGACCAUUUCUCGCAACAGGAAGAGCGAUCAUUGAUGUUCAUCAAGGACAAUUAAUAUUGCGAGUUGAUGAGGAGAGACUAAUUUUUGAUAUGCAGAAAAUGAUAAAAUUUCCUGAGAAUGAGUCGUCAUCAUCUUGUUUUCAAAUUGACUUACUAGAUGACCUUGUAGAUGAAUUCAAGGAUAAUCAAUUAAUUACUGAUUCAUUGGAAAGAUGUUUGGUCAGGUCAGGGACCACAAAGCAGGAAUACAAACUGAUAGAAGUCUUGAGGAUGCAUAAAAGAGCUUUAGGGUGGACUAUAGCUGACAAUAAAGGAAUCAAUCCAGCUAUUUGUAAGCAUAGGAUCCUCAUGGAAGAAAAUUACAAACCUAUAGUCCAACCCCAAAGGAGACUGAAUCCAGCAAUGCAAGAAGUUGUCAAGAAAGAAGUAGUGAAACUUCUAGCGGCAGGUAUCAUUUAUCCAAUAUCUGAUAGCCCUUGGAUACCGAUUGCUUCAGAAGAUCAGGAGAAAACCACAUUCACAUGCCCCCAAGGUACGUAUGCUUACAGAAGAAUGCCAUUUGGACUAUGUAACGCUCCUGCUACAUUUCAGCGUUGCAUGUCGGCAAUUUUCUCAGAUAUGACUGAAAAGUUUCUUGAAAUUUUCAUGGAUGAUUUCACACUUUUUGAAGUUGAUAAAGCUAAAAUUGAUCUUAUAGCAGGAUUAUCCCCUCCCACCACUGUUAAAGAUGAUCGCAGAAAAGCAUUUGAGUUUCUCAAAGAACAAUUGACUAAUGCUCCAAUUGUUGUCUCUCCUGACUGGAGCCAGCCAUUUGAAAUAAUGUGUGAUGCAAGUGAUAUAGCAGUAGGAGCGAUAUUGGGGCAAAAUAAAAAGAUCUUUAGACCCAUAUAUUAUGCCAGCAGAACCCUCAAUGAAGCUCAAAUGAGUUAUGCAACAACCGAGAAAGAGUUAUUGGCAGUAGUAUUUGCACUUGACAAAUUUCGUUCUUAUUUGAUAGGAACAAAGGUUACAGCAUUCACUGAUCAUGUAGCCUUAAAAUAUAUAUUAACAAAGAAAGAUGCUAGACCUAGAUUGCUAAGAUGGAUACUCCUUUUGCAAGAAUUUGAUCUCGAAAUAAAAGAUAGAAAAAGUUCAGAAAAUCAGGUAGCUGAUCAUUUGUCACGUCUAGAGAAUCCUCCUACUGAAAUACUAGAUAUCCAAGAGGAAUUUCCUGAUGAGCAUAUCUUUUCUGUCGCAACAGUUGUAAAUAGACCUCAUUGGUUUGCUGAUAUUGCCAAUUAUUUAGUGGGAGGGAGAUGUGUACCUGAAACAGAAAUGAACAAUAUUUUAAGUCAUUGCCAUGAUGGAGCUGUAGGAGGACACUACGGAGGAAGAACGACAGCAACUAAAGUACUUGAAGUUGGAUUUUAUUGGCCUACUUUAUUCAAAGACGCAAGAAAUUAUAUUGCCACUUGCGACAAAUGCCAGAGAAGCAGUAACAUUUCAAAAAGGGAUGAGAUAUUUGGAACUCCACGAGUUAUCAUAAGUGAUCAAGGAACUCAUUUUAUAAAUAGACAAUUUGCUAGUUUAUUGUCAAGAUAUGGAGUUACUCAUAAAACAGUAACUCCAUAUCAUGCUCAAACAAGCGGACAAGUAGAAGUAUCCAAUAGGGAAUUAAAAAGAAUUUUAGAAAAAAUUGUUGGUUCUUCUCGAAAAGAUUGGUUUUUAAAAUUGGAUGAUGCGUUAUGGGCGUACAGAACUGCUUAUAAAACUCCCACAGGCGCAUCUCCUCAUAGACUAGUUUUUGGAAAAGCUUGUCAUUUACCUAUAGAGUUAGAACAUAAAGCAUAUUGGGCUAUAAAAUUGUUGAAUCUAAACUUACCAGAUGCAGGUAAAAAUCGUCUAUUGCAACUUGAUGAGUUGGAAGAGUUCAGACUUACAGCAUACGAAAAUGCUAAAUUGUACAAGGAAAAGACAAAAAAGUGGCAUGACAAGAUCAUCUGUCAUAAAGAUUUUAAAGUGGGAGAUCAUGUUCUGCUAUACAAUAGCGAUUGA